AUGGAUCCGGUAACCAACAGCUGCGUGAGGAACCCCCACCCUCCCGCCCCUGUCUGGGGCUGCCUUCGAAACCCCCACUCGGAAGGUAGCAGCGCUUCAGGGCUAUCCCAUUAUCCACCAACCCCAUUUUCCUUCCACCAAAAAUCAGAUUUCCCAGCGCCAGCAGCAUACCCCGACUUCUCUGCUUCCUGCCUGGCAGCCACUCCACACAGCCUGCCCCGGACCGAGCGCAUCUUCAAUGAGCAACAUCCUGCCUUCCCACAGACCCCUGACUGGCACUUCCCCAUCUCCGAAGUUGGCCAGAGGCUCAACCCGGGCCCCGCUGGGAGCGCCAGAGAGAUGGGGGCCGGCAGCCCGGGCCUGAUAGAUGGCACAGGAGGAUCCGGUGAGGAUUACAUGGUACUUGGGAGCACUGCCAGUGAGCCUGAGAAGAAAUUGUCCAGAAGGAAAAAAGAGCGGUCAGACAACCAGGAGAAUGGGGGAAAGCCGGAAGGCAGCAGCAAGGCCCGGAAGGAAAGGACCGCCUUCACCAAGGAGCAGCUGCGGGAGCUAGAGGCCGAGUUCGCCCACCACAACUACCUGACCAGGCUCCGUAGAUACGAGAUAGCCGUCAACCUGGACCUUUCGGAGCGGCAGGUCAAAGUGUGGUUCCAGAACCGGAGAAUGAAAUGGAAGCGUGUGAAGGGGGGUCAGCCUGUGUCCCCUCAUGAGCAGGACCCAGAGGAUGGGGACUCUGCAGCUUCUCCAACUUCAGAGUGAGAUGCUCCAAAGACCCAAACCCAAGAAAGACUGAAUCCCCUUUCCUACUCCUCCCACCCGAUCCUGCCAUCACCUCUUCUGGACUGACCCAGAGAAGCCUCUGCGCAUCUGAUGUCCACUCUUAGAUGUGAAAUUACCCAGUAUGUGGGAGCCUUGAAUUUCCCAGAUGUUAUAAUCGCUUCCCCAGACUCUCUUGAACUCCACAGUACCUACUGGUCUGGGAAAACCUAGAAACAGCAUCUGGUACACUUUUUUGUGGGUCUCUUGGUUGCUACCCACACCUUCUGCCAUCCUCCUCCUAGAUCAGGGUCUCCUCUGGGUCUAGCCCCCAUCACAUGUGCACAAUCCCUUCCUUGGUACCAGCUGGUGACUCAUGAAAGCACAACCCUCUCCAGAUGUUCGCAUCGUUGAGCUGAAGGCUAGAAAGCAGCCCCUGUAUCUAAGGAUGGAGAGGAUAGCGCAAGAUCUGAUGGACAAGGACUGACCUAGACAUGUGGACCUCUGGAGUAGCGAGUUCUCAGG